GCUCUGUUGUUAAUCCAAUUUUCUGUUGUAUCCUUGUAUAGGUGGAAAUUAGAUCUGAUCUUAUGGAUGCUCAUAUGUAUGCAUUCAAAAGUUUUGCCUUUUGCUCUUGUUGCUCCUACAAAUUCAGUGUGCCUUUCUUUUACUGAAUCCUCAUAUCUCUCCAGAUCUGUUUUGCAAGAAGUUCUUGAUCAAAAGGAUACAUUUCAAAGUUAAAACAGGAUGUACUUCCAUAUCUUGUUCAGAGCCAUCUGGUUAGUCGAAUACAAGGAUGUUUAUUGUACAAUUUCCUUAGAUCUCUAACUUAGUCUUUUUAUGAUUGUUUCUUGAGCAUCAGAAAUCAGAGGCUUCACUAAAAUAUGCACCACUUGUGGAAGAAAAUGGAAACCAGAAGAUCAAUACUCAGAAUAACCAAGCAACUCUGUCUCAGAUAAUUGCUAAUGCAUCUACCCCAAGCUUUUAUAAACUCUAUGAAUUGGGUUCUAAUGGUUCUGCUCCUAUUUGGAAAAAAAAUAAAUGCUGUGCUUAUAUUGCUGGCGAUAGCAAGUACUGUGUGUGAUUGAAUUCCAUUCAAGCAUUCAUGGACAUCAAUCGAGAUAUCAUUGGUGAGGCAAAUCAUCUGUCAGGGCAUUCUUUCUCUGCCCAUGAUAAUAUCAUACAUCCUUUGGCAGAGCUUGGAUCAAAAACUACUGAAGAGAAACUUUACGCUAGGUGGCCCUUUGCGGUAGGUCCUAGAGUAUGCCUAUUGUUAACUGCUGCGGUGAGUAGAAUGGGCAAGAAAGACUUCGCGAUGUCAGAUGAGUGUGCCACUUAGCUCCCAUUUUUUCAGAUGAAUUUGCUUGUAUUUGAUUAUUAUUAAUUUUUUUUUAUACUAGAAAUUGAAUCUUAAAUUAGUGAUUAAAAGUAUAACUAACUC